UUACAGCCGCUAGCUAAAUCGAGCGCGUUGCACGCCCGGGCAGCCCGGGCAGCCGAACUAGUGGCCAGCUCGCACGCCGGGACGGCCCAAAGGCUGCCAGCGACCCACAGACGCCGCCGCGGCGCGGCUCUCCACGCCGCCGCCGCAACACCCAAUUAUACCUCUGAUACGUCGAGCGGGCAGCCGCCGCGCGCGCGUCAGAAGCAGCCAUGGUCCACCCCCUCUUCGCCUCCCCACACAAUGAGGGAGGCGGCUCCUACGCCGACCGCGACGUCAGUCAAUUAGAAAAAAUACGGGAAGAAGAUCUGGCCAAGGCCACGAAGCGACUUAAACAGCUGCAAGAGAAGCUCGAGAAGCUCGAGAGCCGUAAAAGAAAACCCAGGACCUACGAGGAGGACAAAGCCAAGCUCCAGGCGGCCAUCGUGAAGGUGAAGAAACUCGUCGAGAGGUACCAGCCCAAAUCUAAAAGUACGUGGAAGGGCAUCGACAUCGCCGACGCGGGUGCGAUCGCGCUCAAGAUCGACAAGGAGACGAAGGAGAAGGAGACCGGGGCCGCUAUUGGUUCGGUCGUAAAUCAGGAGAUCACGCGGCUCAUGGAUCCGGAAGCGGAGAGAAUCGCGGCCGAGAAGCGUCAAGCGUUAGAACAGCAGGGCCACAAGCAGCCCCCGAAGCCGCCGCCGGCGCAACCGGGGCCCUGCAGCGAGUGCGCGGACAAGCAGAAGGGCUCGUACUGGUGCGAAGUCUGCGGUUUAUUCUUAUGUGAUUGGCACCGCCAAAAUCACGAGAGAACAAAACAAACUUGCGGCCACUGCGUCCUCAAGAUUGGAAGUGGUAAAGAAGAGAGAGCCACCUCGAAGCAGCGAGCGCGGUCGCGAGGCAAGGCCUCCAAGAAGCAGCACUACCCGCGAGUCGGGCCGAACCUCGACGACCCGACAGAUACGAAGCGCUUCCCGAACCAGGCCUACAACGGCCAGCUGCCCUACCCCAUCCCGCCUCGCACCAAAAAAUACGCCGGUGAAUAUGAAGGGGAUUUCGACGAGCGAGGUGUCCGGGAAGGUUCUGGUAGAGUACUGUUCCCGAACGGCGACGUGUACACGGGCAAAUUUAAAAAUGGGAUGCGCCAGGGCUUCGGGACCUAUGUCUAUCACAUCAACAAGAUGAAGGGCGAGACGAAGCCUAGGAGGUAUGAAGGCCAGUGGCAGCAGUCCGAGAAAAAAGGUAGCGGUAAGGAGACGUGGCCCGAUGGUUCGUAUUAUCAUGGCGAGUACCUCAAGGAUAAAUUCCACGGGAAGGGCACGCACUACAAUCGUCGUACAAAAUACACGGGCGAGUUUAGGGAAGGAUUGAGGUUUGGCAAGGGUAAAUGUGAAUGGUUGAAGAGUAAAGAUACGUAUGAUGGGGAAUGGAUAUCCAACAGAAUGCACGGGUUCGGCACCUACAUCUACGGUUCGGAAAGGAAGAAGCACAUGGACCCGGGUAAGAAAUAUGACCCGUGGGACCACGUCUUCGAGAAUGAUACGUAUAAGGGUGAAUGGAUUAAAGGUAAAAGAAGUGGGCGAGGGGUCUUCACGAAGUCGUCGGGCGAGCAGUGGGACGGCGAGUGGAAGAAUGGUUACAGGCACGGCAUGGGGACCAUACGAUAUAGAACGGGCAAGAAAAGGGAUGGCGUGUGGAGGCACGACGCGCUAAUCGUGUGGAACACGCCGGAGUACUUCUCGGCGCCUCCUUCGGAUGCCGUGGGCCACCGCCAGAAGGCCGACGUCGGCAAGGCCGUCGGCUCCAUGAUCCGCGAGCGGGCGGUGAGCGCGGAGCCGCCUCUCGACGAAAGGAAGGCGUGGAUGGCGCGGUCGCGGCAGCUCGACUAAGCUUUAUUUGUGG